ACUUGCUCUGUUGCAAACUUUCCCGCCAUGACAUACCAAGAAAACACGACGAAGAAAUAUGUCCUCAACACGGGGGACUCGAUGCCCGCCCUAGGCCUUGGUACAUGGCAGUCCAAGCCGGGCGAGGUUGAACUCGCCGUGCAAUGGGCCCUCGAGUGCGGCUACCGCCAUAUCGAUACGGCAUUUGCGUACGGCAAUGAGAAGGAAGUAGGCGCAGGCAUCAGGGCAUCCGGGGUUCCUCGAGAGCAGAUCUGGCUUACCACAAAGCUAGACAAUGAUUGCCACCACCGUGUUGCUGAGGCAAUUGACACGAGCCUUGCAAACUUGGGCACUGACUAUGUUGAUCUGUAUUUGAUGCACUGGCCGGUUGCUCUGGAUCCUGGCAACCAUGACCAGGUCCUCAAAGACUGGGAUUUCGUGGAUACCUGGCGGGAUAUGCAGAAGCUCGUUGGUACCGGCAAGGUUCGCAACAUUGGUGUCAGCAACUUUGGUAUAAGGAACCUGGACAAGCUACUGUCAGCGGAGAGCUGCAAGAUAACCCCGGCCGUAAAUCAGGUGGAACUCCAUCCUUUCAACCCUUCCACCAGGCUCGUCAAGUACAACGAGUCUAAGGGAAUUCACACAACAGCGUACUCGCCUCUCGGCAGCACAAACUCGCCAAUAUAUUCCAACGAGACUGUCAUCUCAAUCGCAAAGACCCACGGUCGCACUCCGCAGCAGAUCUUGUUAAUGUGGGGUUUGCAGAGGGGGACAAGUCUGCUGCCAAAGUCCGUCACCAAGGAGCGCAUCGAGGCAAACUUUGAUCUCAGAGGCUGGCAGCUUACCGAUCGAGAGAUGGCCAGCCUCUCUGGUAUUCCUGAUCGUUUCAAAGUUGCCGACGAUUCGUGGCUCCCUGUGAGAGUCUUCUUUGGAGAUGACGAAGAAAUUGAUGCUACGAGGCCUGUUUCGAUGCUGUAAAGGGCUUUUUCUGUCCAGGAUUGCGGAUUAAACGGACGCGAGCCUUGCUUAGCGAUUCAGACUUUUUUAGUCAUGCCAGAGAUCAUCCCACCUACUUACCACCAUACAUAAACUCCCUACAUAGAUACUCUUCUUACAACCCACUUCCUAUCAAGCAAGGUGCCAGUACCCUGAAGGUAACCUUGAUAUGCAUGUAGAUUACAUACAGUUAAAUAGAGACUCGUGCAUACUCGCUU